GUAGCUUAUGUGUAUGAUAAUGUAACAGUGAUUUAAAAUUUCUACAAUUUUAAAUGUGCGGUUAAUGUGUGAUUAAAUGUCUUGGUUGUGUGCAAGUAUAAUAAGCACUUCCCAGAAUUCCAAAUUUUCCUAUAUUGGGCCUUGAUUUUUCCGUGGAAACUAGGUCCAGCUGAUGUUCUACAAUUUACUACUUGUAAGCUAAAAUCAUAUGUUUGUGGACGACUUCUUAGGCUAUAUAUACAGCGCAUGCAUUAUUCUCAUGCAUCAUCGCUCAAAUCCACAAAAUAAAGGGGAAAACAAACCACACAAACAUUUUAUUUCAAUAUGAUGAAAGGUCUUGUUCAGUUUCUUGUAGCUAAAAUCAUCUUGUUGGCUUUAGCAUCUUCAUUUGUAUAUUGUUACGAUCCAAAUCCUCUUCAAGACUACUGUGUUGCCACCAACGAAACUAAUGGAGUUUUCGUGAAUGGAAAGUUUUGUAAAGAUCCAAAACUAGUAACUGCCAAUGAUUUUUAUUAUUCUGGCCUAAACAUUCCCGGAAACACCAACAACCGCCUUGGCGCAUCGAUCACUAAUGUUGAUGUCAGCUUAAUCCCUGGUCUCAACACUCUUGGGGUUGCCAUUGCCCGCUUAGAUUUCGCCCCCGGCGGUCAACUUUCACCGCACAUACACCCACGUGCCUCCCAGAUCAUCUUAGUCCUCAAGGGAGAGCUCUCAGUCGGAUUUGUGUCGUCAAACGAAUACAACUAUACGCUCUUUUCCAAAGUUCUUUAUCCCGGAGAUGUGUUGGUUUUUCCCAUCGGUUUGGUACAGUUUCAUGCAAACAACAAUAAGAAGACAAAUGCGGUUGCGAUUAGCGCAUACGGGAGUCAAAACCCCGGUGUGAUCCCAGUAGGUAACGCGGUUUUCGGGUCAAACCCCUUGAUUGAUCCAAAGCUUUUGGCUAAAGCUUUUGCGUUGGACGUGAACAUAGUGCGACAUGUCCAGAGGGUGUUUUCUUCCGAUGCUGACAUAGUUAAUUAG